AUCCCCCUCGGUUAAACAAACGAACGAGUACUUGAGCUCAGUAAAUAUUACUAAGAAGAGGAGAUUUUGGAAUCAUCGGUUUGUUGCCAUUUAUAUGUCAGAUCAACUGUUCUUUGGCAAUGUUUUCCAGCCCCAGUACGUCCACACCCUUCUCGGUUAAGGAUAUAUUAAACCUGGAGCAGCACACUAGUGCUGAAGAUCUGGUCUCACUUGACAUCUCUCCACGGAUGGAAUGUGCCUUACCGACCUCCUCCUGCAUGCUGGGCCGCCUGAAACAGGAGCCGCUUCGGGAGAUGUCGUCUGGAGGCUCGCUGUUUGGAGAGGAGCUCCAUGAGGCUAAAGACAACAGAAAUACUGCACUCAACUUCGCCGCUGCCUUCUAUGGGAAAUCUUUCUUAGAAAUGGACAUCAAGGAUGGCAAGACGGACAGCUUGGCGGUGGAAUACAGAAAAGACAUGUCCUACAUCUCUCAGAGCGAGCCGGUGGUGGACCUGAAGUCAGAGGGCCCGGAUCUGCCCACCAAACCCCGGAAGCGCAGGAAGCCGCGCGUGCUGUUCUCACAGGCGCAAGUGUAUGAGCUGGAGCGUCGCUUUAAGCAGCAGAAAUACCUGUCGGCUCCGGAGAGAGAUCACCUGGCCGGGGUGCUCAAACUGACCCCUACACAGGUCAAGAUCUGGUUCCAGAACCGCCGCUACAAGUGCAAGAGACAGCGACAGGACCAGAGCCUGGAGAUGGUCGGUAUCCCGCCGCCGAGACGCAUCUCAGUCCCAGUACUGGUCCGAGAUGGGAAGCCCUGCCUUGGAGACUCGACGACCUAUAAUAGUUCAUAUAAUGUGGGCCUUAACCAUUUCACGUAUAACAGUUACCCAGCGUUCAGUAAUUAUCCCAGUCCUGGCUGUAAUAUGAACCAUGCGUGUGACUAUCCCACCACUGCGGUGCAGUCUAUCCAGCCCUCACAAAACAACGGGAAUUACAUCAACUUCGGCAUUGGGGAGUUAAAUAACGUUCCAAACACGUUUCCGUCCGGCAAUGGAGUGUCUUCUUUACAUGGAAUCCGAGCGUGGUGAACGAAGGAUCGGAAUAUAACAUUAUCG